UGAGCGGUUGUACUUUCUUACUGCUGUUUUAGCUUUUGGGUCUGGGAUUCUGAUGGCGGUCCCGGGCCUGCAGCAGCUUUCCCUGAUCAAGGGUGGGAUUCGGGCGCCGCCGCCAGGCCGGGCAGUCUUAUGUCCUGGGCCUUCAGGACGCCGCCAUCCUCCUGUCUUAACCAAGCACUCGGCUGUCUUUGCCCGCGUCCAGGAAUCACGGAAGUCUCAAAACCAGGCACCGACCAGAAAGUCUCGAUGUGCCCCCUGGGUGGAACAAACUUUUGAGAAGAACCGGGCCCUGCUGGCGGUGCUGGCUGAGAGGAAUGAGGCCGUGGCGCCUGUUGGGGCUUGGGUGGAGUGUGCCUCACCGUGUAGUGAGGAAGCCCCAGCAUCUGUUUCAGCAUCUCAGUUAGAAGAAGAAUUAAAGGAACAACAACGAUUAAAAGAAGAAGCUCUGAAACGCUUUCAGGAACAGGUGAAAAACCGAGUAAAUCAACAAAUGAGGCUAAGAAAAAAGCAGCAGCUUCAGAAAUCCUAUGAAGCAGCAGAAAAAGAAAGCAUUAUAGCCAUGCAGUCUUCUGAUUCAGCCCCACACUUGACCCCUAAAAGUAGCAAAAGCAUUUAUCAGAGCAGUUUGAAAAGUGCUAUCCGAAGUACUGGUCCCAGCUUGCUAUCUACCCAGACUCUUGGUGAUAUGGAAGAGGAAGAAAAAGAUGAAAAUGGAACAUUCCAACAGCAGGCCCUGACUCUUAGCCAAACUGUGAAGCAAGCCCGUCAACAACUGGCUUCCCGAAAAACUACAGAUGGAGAGAAGCCAUUAGGACUUUCAGAAGAUAGCACAGAGAGCAGCCCUACCCAAGAGAAAACAUAUUUUGGGCAGCUAUCAUCUAUUAGUGAUGAUGAGAAGGGCACAGAAAAGCCCCUUCCUAACUAUCUUCCAGGCAAGAUACAGGACCAGGACACUAAAGAAAAGACAUCAUCUGGUAUGAAAACUGAUAUCAACAGGGAGCCUGCAGAAGGGACUGAAGAGGAGGGGGAGCCACAGAGAGUUCAUGGUGUUCCUCAAUCAGGAUUAAAAAGUGAAUUACAACAUUUACCCUCAUUUGAAUAUGGAAUAGACCAAGAAGAAGACAAGAAAGAGCGUCAAAAACAGUACUUAAGAUACAGACGACUUUUCAUGGAUAUUGAGAGGGAACAAGUAAAGGAACUAGAGAAACAAAGAGAACUUAGGAAGAAAAUUGAAAGAAUUAAGAAAUGGAAAGAGCAGCAGCGUUGCAUUGAGGAGCAAAGGAUCCUGAGAAUGACCUAUCAGGAAAACCUGUAUUCUGGGGAGAAGACAUGUGAGAUAUUAGCUGAUUUACAAUUAGAAGAUAAGAGAGGAGCAGCUAUUAAAAAGCAGCAGAGAAACAGAGAAUGUAUCAGAUAUAUAGAAGCUUUAAGAGCCCAGAUACAGGAGAAGAUGCGGCUGCAUAAUAUUGACUUACCUCCAUUGUGCUGCUGUGGUUCUGAUUUCUGGGAUGCUCAUCCUGAUACCUGUGCCAAUAAUUGUAUCUUCUAUAAAAACCAUCAAGCAUAUACUCAGGCACUACAUUCUGUUAUCUCAUCUUGUGAGAUUUCUGAAAGUAACUCAUCAAUGCGACUCGCUAUCCACAGUUUUGCAUCUGCAUGCAGACGGAAUUGGAAGAUUCUGUAGCAUUAAGAAUCUGGCAUCAGGUCAAAUCAACUCUUCAGAGGGUAUUUGGAUUCAGCUGAUCAGGUGUAUGAUUCUAAGGAGUGGGAUUGCCACAGGUAUCUACCUACUCUGUUGGAAGUUAGCCCUUGACUGAUGGACUACACUGUGUCUUAUGACAAGAAUACAGAUUGGGGUCUAAACAUAGUUUCUCUUAUGUGUAAAUCACAUGGGUGCUAUUGUUUUAAAAGGUUACCAAUCAGGCUGAUAGUACCUGACUGCUUUCUGCUGCUGAUUGAGAAGAGGUUUUGUGAAGACUUCUCUCUCAGCGAUUCUGAAUCGUCAUCUAUUCAGAACUGGCUUUAUUUCAUUCUUCUGACCAAAGAUAAAAGUAUUUGGAUGGGGCAGGUGUUCAAGUGAAUUUCCAAGUAUUAGCAGUUAUCGUUUUCUUUUCUAGUUGUACAUAAGAAUCUGAGUCAAGCAACUUUGGAUUUUGAAACACAUUAUCAUUUCAAAUAUUUCUAUCUUCUAUGUUACAAAAAAAAAAACCCUAAAAUUUUGCUGCUUCUCUAAUCCCAUGACUAUUAACCUUGGAGGCAGAGUUUUUAUUCACAUUUUUUUCUUUAGAAGGCUUAAGAAAAAGUAAAUAGUUCUUCUAUUAUCCUUGUGUGAAAGAAAUAAUAUUUGGGAAAGUGAAACUAAACUUGAAAUAAAUCAAGUCUUUUCUAAUGUCCCUAUUUUGAAUCAAUGAAUGAAAUACCGGUUUCCCAAAGAGCAUGUAAAAUAAAAAUCUCUGUCCUUGAUAUGAGCUUGGUUUGUCAUGGCAGCUUCCUCACCUGUUUUCAUCUGGUAGGUAAGUUAACCGGGCAGGUGCUAGUCAGAACCUAAUGAUGAAACAUUUAAACUAGAUCUGAUAGAUGCCAAAACACCUAGUAGUGGGUGCCAGAAAAAAUUUGUAAGCCAUUCUUUGACUUAACCAUUUUUUUAACCAAUUAAUCAGUUCUUUCAAAAUGCUUGAAACCAAUAUGUUCAUAGCUCCAACCUUAAAGAAUUCUUCUCUUGACCUUUAUUUCAGUUUCAUUCAGCAAAUGUAUAUUAAGCACCUUAUCUAUGCAAAGCACUGAUUAGAUGCUCUAUAAUAUCCUUUCUUCUUAACUCAAAUAUCUGGACUGUGUGGUCUAUAAAAUCUCUUGCUGCUCUAAAAGUUUGUACUUGUGUGGGCUUGUGAUUUGCCUGUGGUCACUUGCUGAGAUGGUAGUGGGACUAGGGUAAGGUUAAUCUUUACCUAGGCCUAGUGAAUUCUGCUUCCCCAACCAGGGCUUCUCACUAUUCUAGGCUCAGCACAAAUUCAUCCUUAGCUGAAGUGUCAGCACCAUGGUCGUGGUUUACUAUAUAGUUAGUUUUGCUUUUAUGGUACUAGAGAAUUAUUGUCCAUAUUGUCCAUAACUGUCCUCCAGGAAGAAAUCUAGGUCCCAUGUUCUCUGACUAUAAUUCAGCAGAAUUUGUUCAGAUUAAAUUAGGAGUCUAAAAUAUAAGUUUAAGGAAAUGAGAGCUUCUAAGAUCAAUUCUGCCAGUUCCCCAGAUUAACACAGAUUAUCAUUUCUUGGACUUUACCAUAAGAAAAUUUCAGAAAAACUAAUUUUGGGGAAAAACUAAUUUUGGGUCUGUUAUGUGAACAUUGGAGGGUAUGCUGUCAUUUCAAUAGGAAAUUUGAAUAAGAAUCAACUUAAUUUUUCUACUAAAAUUCCAAAAUUCUUUACAUUGCCUUUGAUAUAUUUGGUCACCAGCAACUUUGAAAGAAUAUUUAUAUAUGCCUACUUAUUAAAUUCAAUGCAUUUAACUCUGAAAAUCUCUAGAGAUUCUUUUGUUGGGUUUUCCACUGAAUUCUUUUUAAACAGAGACGACAUAAUAUUCUAAAAAAAAAAGUAGUUGCCUUUGGAAGUAAGAAAAUCACAGUUCAAAUCUAGCUCUGCUAGUAACUGACUGAGUGACCUUGGCUUAAGCUUUCUGAACCUCAGUUUCCUUAUCUGUAAAAUCAGGAAGCUGGACUAGAUGACCUCUAGCAUUGUUUAUUCAGUCAGAAAGAAGAUUCCCACAUUCAGUUCUUGGCUGCUUCUUUGAUUCUUUCUAAGAACAAAACCCUGCUUUUCAAUUUUCUUGAUGUGUUAGAUGGAUAAUUUAUUUUAUGUACCAUAAUCUCCUGGGCAAUAAUUCUGAAAUUCUUUGAUGUUGUAAAUA